AUGACACGCUGCGCACUGCGCUGAGCUGCCUGGAGAUAUGGCCUGAGGGAGGCGGCGGAGGAUGAAGACUGGACUCUUUGGACUGACCGUGUUAGGGGCAUGAAGCUCUACCAGAAAAUAAACCAUUUCCCAGGGAUGAUUGAGAUCUGCUGCACAGAUUCUCUGAUGGGGGACUUGAACCAAAUACUGAAACUUUUCUCCAAAGAUCACAAAAUAUUUCCCAGAACAUGAAGCUUUCCUGCAGACUACAGUGACUUCUAAGCCUACUCCAGAGCCAAAUAACGCAAAAGUUGCUUCAAUAAACCAGAUAUCGAAAAUCAUGACAGCAUCAGCAUCAAUAAAUCAAGUAAAAAAAAAAUCAAACCUGAAGCACACAUGAUCUGUCAGGCUUACAUAUCCAAGAUGAUGCUCUUACUCAGCGGGGAAACCUGUGACAAGCCGGGCGAUGGGAAAGAAGGAGAAGACAUUGAGAAAAAUAGAGCAGAGAAAUUUAACCUGAGGAUUUAUGUUGUAGUGACAUCUUGUGCUGCAUUCAGUCUAUUCUGGUUUGAGAAAGGUUUGGUUUGCUUUUUUACCAUGGAGUACAAUGAACCCUCCCAAAGCAACAUGGAUGAUGUGUGCAUCAACUUCACAAGCUACUCCAUAAACAGAUACAGGGAGAACUUUGUCAGAGAUGAAGGACUCAGUCGGAAAAUGAUAAAGAAAAUUCUUGAACAAGAGAAGAUUCAGAAUUAAAUGGAUAUCAUCAUCAAGACGCUGAGAUGCCCUCACUCCACCCUAAAGCACAACUGCCUGCCAUAUUUUCCCCAUCAACACACUGCCAGCGCCUGCUUUGAGAUAUUCGACUUGGAUGUGCUGAUUUAGCAGCUCAAACCAUGGCUGCAGGAGGUGAAUCACUCCCUGAGUUUCUCCACUGACUCUGAGCUAAACCUGGAGGUAAAGGAAGCGCUGCUGUACAACAACCCGGCUCUCUUCAACCUCGGCGCCUGUGACCGUCACACCAUGGCGGAGAGAUGCAGGGUGAAGGACAGGCUGCAGCAAAACCUCCCCACUGAGGCCAGGAGAGAGGAGCUGCGACAGUGCAAGGCAGCCAUAGUGGAACAGAUGGAGGAGUAUGAAGCCAAACACCUAUGGGGGGGAUGCAGGAGCUGUCUGAAGGAACGGGACGUGAAGGCUAGGAGAAGGAGGGAGUUGAAGCGGUAGACAGUAGGAAAGAGGGUCAAACACUCAGUUCUUUUGGGUUCAGAAGCUGCAGAUAUGCAGGAGGAGGAGGUGAAUGAGGACCGGCUCCACUCUCUGCUGCAGAGAAAGAAGCUAGUGGAGGGCCUGAACCGGACAGAGGGAGCGGGGGUCUUAAGUGGACGCCACCACCGAAGUGAAGAUCAAAGAAAAGACCUUUCCCCACUGCUGUGUGUGAUUCAGCAGCAGUUGCCCAGCCUCACCUUGCAGCAGAGGAGCCUGAACCAGACCUGCAGCCGGAAGCUGGGAGACACAGCAGGAUGGGAGAAAGAUGCACAACCUGCAACAUCAAACUGGGACCAGAAACCUUUCUCGCUUGCCGCUCAUUUCAUUGUCCUUCUCUUUUCAGUUUACAGCUCUGUGGCUGUCACAAAGUCCAGAGGAAGGGUCCCCAUCAUAAACCUGCUCCCUAAAAGAGGCCUGUGCUGUGCCCACACGCCCCACCACCCCUCAGACCUCCAGAGCCCCGUUGCUCAGCAGGCCUGGCUCUUCUCUCUCCUCGUCCAGAGCUCGUCCUGCAGCCCCCAGCCCAGGAAAGGAGCAUCCAGACCUCUGAACCCACUGGAAUGAGAACGGUGAUUCCAGAUCUGCUUCUGCUCAUUCCAGGAUUUUGUUAA